AUGACCGAAGCCCUGGCGGAAGCCAUGAGGCAGCAAACUAUGCAGCUUCCUAUCGAUUCAGGAAUUUCAAGCGGGAGUUCGACACGCACGCUGAAGCUUUCAGAUCAUUUGUCUGUUCUUGUUAAGCCUCCACCUGGCCUGGAAGAAGCUUCGCAGAUACCUCCAGCUUCGCUGCCCAUGUUGCCCACACUCUUGCCUGGCAAAGCUAGCAAGAAGACUCGGGACAGACAUGGAAAAGCAGAGGGCACAAACGUGCCAAACGUUACCGCACUGCUGCGUUCCAAGGAAGGAGCUUCGAUGCUUAGCUGCCAACUCGCAAACUUGAGCGGAAUCCAUUUGCAAAACUUGUGCACGGAAUUGGUGACGUCCCUGCUGCCAGAUUUGAAGGCGCUGGCUUGUGACCCAAAUGCGAUGCCUGUGAUCAGUCAGCUGUUAGCUUUGCCUGGAAUUGACGACCUCCGUCUGAAGAUCACUCGUCGACUUCGUGGAUCCCUGCUAAGGCUGACGAAGGACAAACACGGUUGCUGGAUAGUGCAGGAGGCGCUGCAAGCUGCCCCUUCUGAACUUUGCGUGUCGCUUGCCCAAGAGCUUCGCGGGAACGUCCUGGCAUGCUGCCGGCAUCGGCACGGGAACUUUGUGCUGCAGCGUUGCGUGGAGGUGCUCAGUCAUGAUGCUGUCGGCUUUAUAGUGGCGGAGCUCCAAGACCACGCAGUGGAUGCUGCUUUGCACAUUUACUCUUGUCGUGUGCUGCAGCGCCUUAUUGAGCACUGCCCCCAUACGGGCAGCAUGCUGGUUUUGCUGGAUGCACUUCUGGAUCAGGAGACCCUGCAUCAGUUGAUCCUUGAUCCAUAUGGAAACAAUGUCCUGCGUGCAGUUCUCGGCUCGGGUUCGCCACGUCAUAUCACGCUCAUCGGCAGAACACUGGCAGCCAAUGUGCUUGCCUACGCACAGAAUCGACAUGCCAGCCUUGUCAUUGAAGGUUUCCUGGAUGCCCUAAAGAGCAAGUACCAGACGGAACUGCUCCAGGAGAGGAACGCUUUAAUGUCAGCAAUUCUCAGUGGCGACGCAGCAACUUCGCCAUUUGCGCAGAUGGCUUUGGACCGCUUUGGCAACUACAUUGCGCAGCGAAUCAUGGAAGACUGUCAAGGCACGGAGCAGCAAAGAAUCCUCGACUUGCUCACGGCCCUGCGGCCCAAGCUUCGACAUGCAGUGAAUGGGCAGCACAUCUUGCAGGCUGCUCAAAGGAAAUUUGGCCCGCGACUAUCAGCAGUUUCCGAGCCAGCUUUGUUUCCAGGUGAGGUCAACAACGACCCAUCUGAAAUUCAAUUGCAUGGUUGUACAGUUACAUCAGUUAUUGCCUUGUGA